AUGUUUACUAGUAGCGAUGAUUCCGAUGUACAAGAUAAGAAGGAGGUGUUCAGUAUGUUUGCAAAAUAGCACGAGUCGACCAAAAGGAGGUUCAGUACAGCUAGAAUGACCUUACAAUAUUCUUCUUACUCUUAUGAUCCUGAUAGUGAUAGUAGUAGCAGUAAGAGUGAACCACCUAGUAAUAAAAGUCCUUCAAAUGAGCAUUCACAUUAGUUCAGUGAAUAUUAAUAAAUCAAAGAAUUAUUCUCUGAUAAUCAAAAUAAUAAGCUUAAAAUGUUAGGAGAAAGAUUGAAUGCAAAAAUCUCAUAAUUAUAGAAUUUGAAUUCAAAUAAGAAAAGUAAAAGACUCGUCAUCGGCAAUAGAUUUUCCCCAAAGAAUGAAUCAAAACUGCAUUAACAUCAGUUUAGAAAACAACUAAAUUUAAGCCUUGAUGAGAUGGAAUUAGCUUCAGACCAUGAAGAUUAGAGUCAGGGAUCUGUUCUGAUGAUAGAUACCAAUACAUAUAGGAAGUAAUUGGAUAGCGAUAUUGAACUUUAGGACUAAAAAUAAGAAGUAAGACUGACUGAUAAAAAAGUGAAAAAGUUUAAAACUCAAUCUGAGAGACUGAAAAUGGAUGUAGUCUAUAAAUUUCUGUUCAGAAAAAUAAAAAAAGUGAUUUUAAAAAGCUUUUAUGAUUCUUGCAAGUUAGGCUAAUCCUCCUCACGCAAGCAAAAAUAAAAUAUAAGAAAAGAUAAAACAACAAAGUUAAAAGAAUAAAUGAUCAAAUUUUUGGAACAGUCAUGGAUCUAAGAGCCAACAAAAGAUGUUUUGUGCUGUUUGGGUUUAAUGCUAUAUCCAAACUUUAACACGAAAAACUUUAAGUUCUUGUCAGAAGCAGGCCUCUACCCUGGAAUGGAGUUGAAGGAAGAAGUUUGCAUCGCAUUCAGCAAGAUAUAUAGAGAAAAUAACAAAAAAAUAAGAGACACUCUUUUUAACCACAAAUUCUUCAGGGAAUUUGUUUGGCCUCUAUUUAUCAAGGAAGUUCCAUCCUUUGAUGAUGUAAUUAAUGCUGGUGAAUAUAAGAAGUAUAAGAAUUCAGUAGACCAUAUGUUUUAUUAAUUGGACAAGGUAUAUGAUCUAGUCUUUCCAUUCAAACCAAAUUUCUUUAAGGAGGUGAUGGUGGAGUAGAAGUAAGAUAACCCUGAGGAGGGAUAAAUUGGAAUGGAAAAUUGA